AAAAUAUUUAAUGUUUUGACAUUUGUGAAGUCCAUACAUUUUGUUGUUGAAGGCUCGCUGACAAAAUCCAAAGCGAAAAUACAGAAUUCUUGUUAGAUUCACUCGUACAACCGAAGAUUUAACAUACACUCCGCAAUGGCUUUGGCACUUCGCAGUGUGUGCAGAUUUAAAGCAUCGCCAAUUAUUUCAAACAUUGCUCGAUUGAGUACAUCGUCAGCAAUCCCACAGUCGCUAAAAUGUCCAAUCACAGUCUCUGCAAAGCAAAACCUUUUGUUAUCCAGCCAAAUUCAGAUGAGUCCUCUGAUCUCACGGACAAUAUCUGUAUCAGCUCCAUUACAAUCAGCAACUGGCAAACAUUCAACAUUAUGGACAGCUGAACGUGCUGUGUCGGCUGGCUUGUUGGCAAUCGUUCCAGCAGCGAUUGCUUUCCCAUCGCAACCAUUAGACGUUAUAUUGGCUGUGUCAAUGGUAAUGCAUGCUCACUGGGGAUUGGAGGCUGUUGUUACCGAUUAUGUGCGCCCGAUCUUAUUCGGCAAUGUUGUGCCGAAAAUUGCUCACAUCUUGCUAUUGGGUCUGUCAUCAGCUACAUUGGCCGGUCUGAUUUAUUUCAUUUAUAACGACAUUGGUAUUGGAAAGGCUGUCCGCAAGUUGUGGGCAAUCAAAGCCCAAUAGGUUUUUCGAAACAAGGUCUUACCUGCAACACUUUUCUUUUGUUCUCGAUAAUAUACAGCUGUUUGGAAUCUGCAAAGAUGUACUAGUUACGUGCUAACAUAAAUUGUGCAUGCUGUGUGUAGCCAUGCCAUCUACUUCAAAAUAAAAAAAAAACGCAAAUGUUUUAUGUAA